GUUUAUUUAAUCGGUACUUGUGGCAUUCUGGCAAUCGUCAUUCGUCGCUGUAGUAGUGCGCGAGUGAGGUUCAUGAGCACACGUGAAACGGAUUGGAUCGGGGUCGCGAGACAUUCAAUUCACGUUCGUUUUUGGCCAAUAUGGAAUCGUGGGACGACGAUAAUUUCGAGCCCGAGGUGAAGGUGAUAGUGCCUACUGCAGCGACCAAUAAAUGGGAGGGCGAGGACGAGGAUGACGAUAUUAAGGAUUCCUGGGAGGAUGAAGAUGAGGAGAAGACAAAAGAGGAACCUAGUGAGAAAGCUGUGCAGAAGGCAAAAAAGAAAUCUUUAGCUGAAAGACUAGCAGAGAAACAGAAAUUAAAAAUAGAAGAACUUGAAAGGAGGCGAGCAGCAGCUGAAAAUGAUGAUGAUGAAGUAUCGGCCGAAGAAAAACUGCGCAUGCAAAAGGAAUCUGAUUUGAAAUUAGCGCUGGAAACCACGUUUGGCGAUGCAGAAACACUGUCCGACUGCCCUACAACGUUAGAGGAAUUUGAUGAGUAUGCGAACGCGCUGAUCAGGAAAAUUCAACCAUUAACGAAAAGCACUGAAUUUCCAAACUUUGCUGAAAAUUUAGUUCGAGAUCUUUGUGCCACACUGAGUUCAUUGGAUAUUAAAAAGAUCAGGAACACAAUAGACAAUUUGUACUUGGAGAAGCAGAAAGUGGAGAAGGGUGACAAAACGAAAAAGAAUAAAGGAAAAGGCAAAGUAAAAUUGAAAGUAGAAGAUAGUAAUCAAUACUCUGCGUACGCGGUCGACCAAUACGACGACUACGACGAUUUUAUGUAGCAUCUGACAAGAGUUAGCCACUCUAACUAAAUAAAUAUUUUUGUAUCGAUUUGCAUUAUGAUUGGAUUUAGUGGAAUCCUGUUGAUUACUUUCUUGCGUUAACACGGCCAUUGAACACGUAAAUAAUUUCUGUUAUACAUUUUCACCACCGAGUUUCGUCACGGAAUCCCAAAAGCGUAGCUAAUUUUGUCAGAUUUAUUACGGAAAUAAUUACAAUUUUACUUAUUUUGCAUGUCAAUUGCGAAUUGUAUAAUGUAUUAUUCUAUUAUAAAUACUACUGUUUGAAAAAAGAAAA